UUGUAGAGCCUUUGAACAGUGUGGUUUUUAAAGUACUGUUGGGUUUUUGAAAGAGACCCUUGAUUUCUGUCUAGUCUUGGAUGAUUACUCUUCAUGGCUGUGAGAGAGAAUUGUGUUUGGAAAGGGCUCAUUUUAGCCCUUUUCCUCUUUGCUGUUGAAGGACAGAAAAGGCCGUUAUUCAUGGUGACGUUCCCUGCAGUGAUUGAGUCUGGAUCUGAUGCCAAAUUGUGUGCAACUCUUCUGAAACCCCAAGAGCAUCUCACCAUAACUGUUUCUCUGCUUGAUGACACAAAUGGAAUGACUGAACUUGUGAAGGAGUGCUCUUCGAAGCCACUUCACCGCUGCUUUAGUUUCAAGGCUCCUCAAGUAGAUGGAGAAUCAGUGCAAAAUCUGAAGGUAGAAGUUCAAGGGAAGGUCUUUAGAGCGACCGAAGAGAGGAAAGUCCUGUUCAAGUCUUACCUACCUUUGACCUUCAUCCAAACCGACAAACCCAUCUACAAUCCAGGACAAACAGUGAAUUUCAGAGUUGUCACCAUGGAUGCCAAAUUUGUGCCUCUUGAUCAGAUGUACAAUCUGGUCGUGGUUGAGGACAAUAAUAAUAACCGGAUUGGUCAGUGGGCCAAUGUUUCCUCAACGGGGUGGAUAUUGCAGCUUUCACACCAGUUGAACUCAGAGGCUCAGAUAGGGAUGUACACACUAAAGGCUUUUAUUGGUGACCGAGAGAUCUCCCAGGUUUUUGAGGUGAAAAAAUACGUUUUACCCAAGUUUGACGUGACCGUAAACACAUCACAGACAUACAGUGUUGCAGAUGUGGGACUGAAAGUUGAGGCUUGUGCCAAAUACACGUAUGGCCAACCUGUACCUGGUCAAGCAUUGGUGGAAGUGUGCCGUGAUCCGUUUCCAUAUGUUCCAGGCGUGACCCGUCUGUGCCUGAGUAAAACCGGACAGAUGAAUGCCAUGGGAUGUGCCUCCAUUACCGUCGAUACGUCAGUGUUUUUCAACACCAAAUUUGAGAAUAGUCUUCAAGAUUUGUUUGUUGUCACUGCAAAUGUCACUGAGGAGGGAACAGGUGAGCUAUUGUCUAAUCUGAACCAACAGCCCGUGUAUGGAGGAUGUUGACUUGUUGUUUGUUUUUGUUUUGUUUUUGUUUUUUUUAAA